UUUUAUAACAUAUACAUUUAUUUUCAACCCAAAUGAAUGUGUUUUAUUGCAUUUUAAUGACUUUGUCAUCUUGUCUCAAAAAUGUUUAUAUAAUACUAGAAACAAACGCAUUACAAUUCCGUCUCCGUUGUUUAAUAAUCAGCUUUCCCUCUCGGCCCUGUGUGGCGCGUGCCGUCCCCGCGUGCCUCCUCUUGUCUGCAGUCCGCAGGUGUCGCUUUGUCUCAUGGUUGGAUGACGCGGUGCUCAUUUGCAUUGUGCCGUAUUUCGAUCUUUUGUUCGGCUGUUACAGAACCCGAGCGGAACCUUCUGAUUUGCCGGGUCCCAGUUGUGGUCCCGACAGGCGCGCUCCCGGUCCAACGGUUCGGAAGCUGCAGAGUUCGUUGACGUUGUUUACAGUGCGCCCCUCCCCCACUGGCACCGAGACUCCUCCUCCCUUUCCGCUAGCUUUAGCCGUCGCUGGUGGGGGGAAAUAAUGGCCAGAACCGCCGUUUGGCUGAAUAGAAUAUGAAUAUUUAGAGCUCGCUGGGCGAGCUCCCAUCCUGUUUUUCUGUUAGAGGGAGACUAAACCUGAAAUUGGAAACAAAAAUGGCGCGAUGGCCGGCUAAAGAGCAGCUAGCUGCCUGGCUAAAUCUCUGAGUCUGAGCUAGCUGCUAUCCGGCUAGCUCCGGCUCGUCGAGGGUCCAGUUCGGCCGGUUUCCCCGCUCAAGUCCGUUUUCGUGCCAUGUCAGCAGCUGUUUCACGGAGCCAGGAAGCUGAUGGGUCCUGCUGAGUGAGGAGCGCGGCUCGCCAGCAGCAGGAGCUCGGUGGUCCGGUUCGGGGUUCGGUACGGCGGGAGGAUGACGUUUCACGGCGCCGGCAGGCAGACCGUCUGUGGAGACCUGUUUCCGGGCUCUGAGCUCGGUCACAAGUAUUUCUGCGUCAGCUCCUCCUGCGGGGCUCCGUCCACGGGCCUCAGCGCCACGCCGUGCCUGACCGGACCCACCGCCCCGGCGGGGACCCCGCGGCACCCCACCGCUCUGGGAGGAAGCGCCGGCGGAGGAGCGGCGGUACCGCAGCCCUUCAGCAACCCGGCGAGCGAGGUGCCCAGCCCCGCCGAGAUGGAACCGGACCGACCCAUUGGAUACGGCGCGUUCGGUGUCGUUUGGUCUGUGACGGAUCCUCGUGACGGCCGGAAGGUGGCUUUGAAGAAGAUGCCCAACGUCUUCCAGAACCUGGUCUCCUGUAAGAGGGUCUUCAGAGAGCUGAGGAUGCUCUGCUUUUUCAAACACGACAACGUUCUGUCGGCUCUGGAUAUCCUGCAGCCUCCACAGAUCGACUGCUUUGAGGAGAUAUACGUGAUCACAGAGCUGAUGCAGAGCGACCUCCACAAAGUCAUCGUGUCUCCUCAGCCGCUCACCACCGACCACAUCAAGGUCUUCCUGUACCAGAUCCUCCGAGGUCUGAAGUACCUGCACUCGGCGGGGAUUCUGCACCGAGACAUCAAACCCGGAAACCUGCUGGUCAACAGCAACUGCCUGCUGAAGAUCUGCGAUUUCGGGUUGGCGCGCGUGGAGGAGCCCGAUCAGUCGCGGCACAUGACCCAGGAGGUGGUGACCCAGUACUACCGGGCGCCGGAGGUGCUGAUGGGCUGCCGGCAUUACGGCUCGGCCAUCGACGUCUGGUCGGUGGGCUGCAUCUUUGCAGAGCUGCUGGGACGGAGAAUCCUCUUCCAGGCUCAGAGCCCCAUUCAGCAGCUCGACCUGAUCACGGACCUGCUGGGGACCCCGCCCCUGUCGGCGCUGGCGUCAGCCUGUGAGGGGGCCCGAGCCCACAUCCUGAGGGGGCCCCACAAACCGCCGUCCCUGUCGGUGCUGUACAUGCUGUCGGACGGGGCCACGCACGAGGCCGUGCACCUGCUCUGCCGCAUGCUGGUCUUCGACCCGGCCAAGAGGAUUUCGGGCAGCGACGCGCUGUCCCACCCCUACCUGGACGAAGGCCGGCUGCGGUACCACACCUGCAUGUGUCAGUGCUGCUACUCCGUUCCCAGUGGGCGGGUCUACACGCGGGACUUCGAGCCGGUGGCAGAGCGGCCGUUCAGCCACAGCUACGAGAACAGCCUGCUGUCCGUGUGGCAGGGCAAAGAGCUGAUCCAUCGCUUCAUCACAGAGCAUCAGCAGGGCAAGAGAGUGCCGCUCUGCAUCAACCCUCAGAGCGCCGCCUUCAAGACCUUCAUCAGGUCCACGGCGUGGCACUCCUCCAAGGUGUCCCGGAAGGAGGAGAGAUGAGGAAGGAGCCCAUCCACCAGGAAGACUCUGGGCUGUUUUGUUUUUGUUCCUCCUUUGUCCAGAGGGGAAAUGACACGCCCAACAAGCCCCGCCUCCUGAACACCCCCCCCCCCCCCUCUCUCUAAUUUAUGAUUUAGUUGAGUGAAACUGUUUGACGGGAUCCCAGGUUCUCAGCAGUUCAGCUGCUUGAAGGAAUGGAUUCGUUAAAGGACUGGACUCUGCAGGACUCCGGACCGGACCGGACCGCACUUCCAUCAGCGAGCAGAAACUCUGACACUUUUCUGUUCUGCGUCGGUGUUGAAGUGGUUCCAGCUGCAGUACACGCCCCCCAUGGGCGGAGUCAACGCUCUGAGCGCGCUCUGUUGCCAACAUGUUUUUGAUCAUGUGACCACCCAAACGCCACAAAGUUUUUUUUUCUUUGUUUUGUUUUCUCAGAGUAUUCAACUCACUGUGUUCUCGCCAUGGCGGCGUUCCUAAGGGUUGCCUAGACGACAGAUGUAGCAGCCUAGAGCAGCUGGUGUUCCUCCUCAUUUUGUGGUCCAGGAUCCUGCAGUUUUAUUUUGAAAAUCCUAACAGGAAAAGCGGGUUUUGCUCCGCAGCCAAGUCGACCUGCGGCGGCUUCUUCUGCGCUUUAAGCUCGACGAUUUUCUGCCGGAUUGGCGGCGUUUUGGUUUUCCGCUCAGCUCCUUUACCUGCAGCGGUCCCGGACCCGCCCCCUUCACCUCUGACGCUCCUCCUCUGCCGGUUCGGUUACCUCAAACCCUCUGUAAUAAAGACACGGGGCUCCCCAGGGAGCGUCUGCCCCGAACGCGCCCCUGCAUCUGUAACGCCAUUCCUCCAGACUCUACUUACCUCAAAGUGGCUCCGGGCCUCGGCCCGCCGGGCGUCUGACCGAAGGAGGUUGUGGGUGAAAUGCUGCUGCUGAUUGUGUUUAGUUCAAGGCUCAGGUGUCCCGCUGUAGAACUGUAGAAACUGUAAAGCUCUGGUUCUGGUGGUUCCAAACCAGGAGAACUGAAGGCUUUGGCCCGAGGACUGAAGGUUCCUCCAGCCCGUCCUCCAAGGAUCCGGUUCCACUGAAGAGCAGAACUUUGUGUUCUGAACUUGAGCUCAAACCAAUCGUUACUGCAGGACGUGACCCAGAACCCGGUUCUGAUCGGGUUUAACCAGCAGUCAAUCACAUGUUUCCCAACCACGUCGUUAAGUUAGCUGCUCUAGCUAAACUAUUAGCUUUAGCUUAAAAUGGCCCUAAAUUCAGAUUCAGACAGAAUUCUUCCUUUAAGUCACUAAGACGUUUUUCUCAAACUAAGAUUAUUUUGCUACUGAAAAACUUUAAUAUUUUCUUCACAUAAUACAGAACAAGGUUUAUUUUCUUUCUUCAGAUUCAGUCUUUGCAGCGUAAAACUUCGUCGAGCUAACAGGAAGUAGCGGCGGCAGCUUUGCUAGCAUAAAUGUAGCUGCUUCUGGGUCAAAACAAAGAUGGCCGCUGUUCGACUCUGGUUUGAGACUCUGGCUUCACUCUGGAGCAGGUUUCAGAAAUCCAGCUCCAAGUUAUCACAGUGUUGAACCCAGCUGAACAGUGAGGGUUCUGGUCGGGUUCCAGAUGGGUCAGGAUCUGAAACUGUGGACGCGAGUCUGGUUCUGAUCUAUUCCAGUGUUGGUGAUCCUGAGUCCUGAACGUUCACAAACGUUUGGAAAAAGAGCCAAACCUGACCGGGUCUCUGCUGACCCGCUUUGGAGAGAACUGGAUCUCAGUCGUUUCAGUCAAAAACCUUUUCACAACCCAAGUCUUCAGGUUGGAGGAAGGUUCUGGAGGAACCUUUAGCUUCUGGAGCUGCCGGGUCAGUCUGGACUCCCAGCAGGCGGGUCAGUCUGGACUCCCAGCAGGCGGGUCAGUCUGGACCCCCAGCAGGCGGGUCCCGCGCUCCUGUACUUUGGUUCCAGUGGCGAUGGGUUCCUUUGACCCGGAGCUGGUUUUUAGUUCUGUUGUGAUCAGGUUAGACGUCAAUGAUCGUUUUCUAGAGCGCCGGAUGAUGUCGAGGCCCUCGGCUCUCCAGGCUCCGCCCCCUCGUCAUGAGGUCCUUUCAGGUCAGCGGCUGCUGCUGGACCCGGUCGACCCGUCUCGUCUCCCCGCUGCAGUCCCGGGACGGGCCGCGGCGUGCGCUCGAGCAGAGCGAGGCGGCGGCCCCCGUCUGUAGAGAUUAGAUGGUUUCCUGCAGCAAACUGUUGAUGUUUCUUCUUCUGAAUUCGAUGUUUCUGUGUCUGUUUUAGCUCCAAGGGUUUUGGACUCGUGUUCCCAGAAAAUACUUGAAUUUCUUAUCAAAUGUUUAGUUGAAGUAGUGAAUGACUAAAUAAAGGAACGGACACUGGACCACAGCCUC